AUGUCAACUCCAAGUAAGCGACAGAUCAUGCGCGAUAUGAAGCGACUUAUCGAUGAGCCUCUUGAUAUGAUUAUGGCCGCUCCAAGUAAAACUGAUAUUAUGGACUGGCGAGCUAUUAUUUUUGGCCCACAAGAUACUCCAUUUGAAGAUGGCGUUUUUGAAUUAAAGAUAAGAUUUACUGAACAAUAUCCACAACAUCCUCCAGAAGUUAUCUUUAUCUCUGAAAUGUUCCAUCCUAACAUCUACAAAAACGGAGAACUAUGUUUGGACAUUCUUAAAAACAAAUGGAAUCCAACUUAUGGCGUUGGUUUAGUCUUGCUUUGUAUUCAGUCUUUGCUAAAUGAUCCCAAUACUGAAUCACCAGCCAAUUCCGAGGCUUCUGAACUGUAUCUAAAAAACAGACCAGAAUAUAUCAAUCGAGUCAUGGCUACAGUUGAGAAGUCUUGGCGACAACCAGUUGGACACUCCUAG